AUGACUACCGCUGUCAGAGAUUGCGAAGUGUUGUCAACCACUGUUUUCCCUACAAUUUCUUUUGAUAUCAACUGCUGCUCGUUUGGCGGCGUCACUUGCUCUAAUGGCCGUAUAUCAUCAUUGUUCUUGCAGUUGGGCAUCUCUGCUCCUCUCAACGAGUCUAUUGGCAAUCUGGAUGGCCUGACAUCACUGUAUCUGUCCAACAACAACUUUAAUGGCCCGAUUCCUGCUUCUCUGGGAAACCUUACCAAUCUAAAAUCACUUUAUCUGCCCAACAAUAACUUCUCCAGCACUAUUCCAGACUCAAUUAGCAAGAUCGCUUCAUUGCAACGACUUGAUUUGAGCGGAAACAACCUUGUCGGAUCUGUCCCAGCUUCUUUGGGGAAUCUACCGGACUUGCAGUUUUUGAAUUUCAGCAAAAAUCCUCAUUUAUCUGGCGCAUUGCCUACGUUUUCGAAAAUUCCUGAUAAUUGUGAUGGCCAUGAUACUGACAUUUGUGGUGCCUCGCUUGAUACUGCUACCUCCUGCAAUCUUUCCUGCUAUUAUUGUUUGGAUAUUCUAUUGUAUUCACGUAAACUGGAACACUCGAGUGACUGCUUCCUCAAUUGA